UACUAUGGAUCCUUUCAACCAAUUCAAGCGCGAAGUCACGGGCUUCCCCAGCCUGGGAGUCGACGAGGACCGGGAAGAGCUGCGUGAAAGCAAGCAAGUGGCGAUGUCGCUUACCAGAAACGGAGAGGCGGAGAAAGCCAAGGCCGAGUUCGCACCUGAGCAGCAGGCGGCAGGCAUACGAAUCAAGGAGGAAGAAGACAGCGGCGACGACGGUGCCGGUUAUGGCCACAGCAAUGGCAGAGAAGGGGCCGGCAACGUGGGCGCUGGAUAUCCGUGGCCCCCGGGCUGCGAAACCCGCGAUGUGGGCUGCGGCCGCAGCCCACGGCAGUUGGAGCCAGUGGAGCCGAAGCAGGAGGAGCACUUGCCCCCCGCCGCGGCUCCGGCUCCGGUUCCGGUUCCGGCUCCGGCUCCGGCUCCGGCCCCCGCUCCAGGAGGGAGGCAGCCGGCGGGCCCCCGCAUCGUGUUCACCCCGCUGCAGGUGCGCCAUCUGGAGAGCUUGUUCAACUACACCCAGUAUCCCAGCACCACCAUGCGCCAGGAACUUUCGAGAUUCAUGAAUGUGCCUGUAGCCAGAGUGCAGGUUUGGUUUAAGAAUAGGAGGGCCAAGUUGAGAAGACAGCAGAGGGCACUGAGGUACAGAAACAUGCCCCCCAUGGCCAUGGCCCCCCCUUUCAACUUUAACGUGGGUGGACCCUACCGUGGCAUCUUCAAUCGGGGGCCAGAUUGUAUGUGGAUGCCUCAGGAGCCAAUGAUGCCUGGGCCACCUCGCCCGCCCAUGCCACCCUUUCCUCCUAUGUUCCUGCCUCCUCCUCCCUGGUUGCAUCCACCUUUCCCUCCCUGUGGCUGCCCUCCACUGUUUCAUCACUGUGGCUGCCCUCCACCUUUCCCUCGCUAUGGCUGUCCUCCUAUGGCCCAUCCUGGUGCGGUACCACCCGUGGCUCUUCCUUAAUCCUUUUCCCAAAGAAUGGGAUCUGUGGCAGUUUUUUUCCGAGGUGUUUUUGAGCCAGAUUCAAGUUUCUGUAUCUGUUGCCAUAACGAAUAGUUCAUUCAAUGUGUGCUGAAUGUAUUAAAGAGAAGUCAAAUUCACUGACCCUCUA